AUGAAGGAGCUCCGCCUGGAUGAUCCAGAGUCCUUCUACAACUUCUUGAGAAUCACCCCACCCAUGUUUGAUGAAAUUCUUGAACGCAUCGCCUCCUUCAUACAAAAAGAAGACACCAACUACAGAAAGGCUCUGGAACAAGGGGUGAAGCUUGCCAUCACACUGCGUCACCUGCAACAGGAGAUUCCUAUGCCACCCUGCAAUAUGAGUUCUGGAGACACUUGGGAAGACGUUGCUGAGGAGUUCCUGAUGCGCUGGAAUGUUCCACAUGACUGUGAUGCCCUGGAUGGGAAACAUGUGACAAUCAGAAAACCUCCCAAGACUGGAACCAUGUACCGCAACUACAAAGGCUUCUUUUCAGUCGUCCUCAUGGCCCUGGUAGAUGCUGACUACAAAUUCCUGUGGAUAGUUGUUGGUGGUGUUGGAAGCCAGUCUGAUGCCCAGAUCUACAACCAGUCAGAACUGAAAGAAUGCUUAGUAGAUGGCUCCAUUGGAUUCCCUCCACCUUCAACCUUGCCAAAUGAUGUCAAGGACUCUCCCUGA